AUGAAAGGAAGAAAAAGGAAAGGAAAAGGAAAGGCAAAAGAAUCUCCAUCAAUAAUAUUAAAGGAAAAUGCAUCACUGGAUGAUGUAAAACUUGGUUCUGUUUUUCAAGAUAAAAAUGCCAUGAUUAGAUGUUUUUGCUUAGCAGCUAUAAAGGAGCAUUUUGAGUUCUAUGUUAACAGGUCAAGUAACACGAGAUACUCUUUGGUAUGUACUGAUGAAAAGUGUAGUUGGACUGUUCGAGGUUCAAGAAUUAAGGAAUCAACACUUUUUAAAAUAGUUAAAUUUCAGAGAACACAUGAGUGCUCAGUUGAUAUUCGAAAAUCAGAUCAAAGGCAAGCAACUUCAAAUGUGAUUAGAGAUUACGUGAUUGACAACUUAAGAGACAUAGCUACUGAGGUAAAACCUAAGUUUGUCAUUUCAGAGAUGAAAAGAGCACAUGGAAUUGAUGUUGGUUAUGGAAAAGCAUGGCAUGCUAUUCAAAAGGGGUUAUCUUUGUUAAGAGGAACAACUGAACAGAAUUAUGAGCAGCUGCCAUCAUAUUUGUAUAUGAUGGAACAAAAAAAUCCAGGAUCAUAUACAAAUAUUGUGAGAGAUGAAGAAAACAGGUUUGUUUACAUGUUUUUUAUGUAUGGGGCAUCAAUUUCUGGGUGGAAGUAUUGUAGACCACUGAUUGCUGUUGAUCGAACAUUUCUAAAAAAUAAAUAUAGAGGUGUUCUAUUAGUGGCUGUUACCAAACAUGCAAAUAACCAGAUUUUCCCUAUAGCUUUUGGAGUAGUGGGUAAAGAGAAUAAUGAAUCAUAUGAAUGGUAUUUCAGGGAAUUAAGAAAAGCAAUUGGGAUUCGUAAUGAUUUAAUGUUCUUGUCAGAUCGACACAAGGCUAUUGCAAAUGGAAUUGCAAAGGUUUUCCCUGAGUGCUACCAUGGAAUUUGCAUCUAUCAUUUAGAAAAGAAUCUGAAGCAAAGAAGAGUGAGAAACACUGUGAUAAAUCUCUUUCAAAGUGCUGCAAGAGUAUACCUUCAAUCAGAAUUUGAUGACUUCAUGUCCCAAAUAGCUGCUGUUGAUAAGAAAACUUUCAAUUAUUUGAUGGAGGAACCGCCAGGAAGGUGGGCUCGUUCACAUUGUCCCAGAAGAAGAUAUGAUAUGUUAACAACAAAUAUUGUUGAGUCAAUGAAUAAUGUUUUAAGACGUUCAAGAGAAUUGCCAAUUUUAACAAUGAUGGAUUUCAUACAAGAAAAAUUGCAAAGCUGGUUCUAUGAAAGAAGGACACUUGCAGAAGGAAUAUUCCGUGAUAUAUCAAAUUGGGCAGAAGCAACAUUGGAAGCAAAAAUUCAACCAGCUUUUACAUUUAGAGUAUUGCCCAUUGAUAGACUCAAAUUCAAUGUCAAAGAAGGUGGUAUGGAAUUUAUUGUUGAUCUAGACAAAAGAACAUGUGAUUGUUCUGAAUUUCAGCUAGAUGAGAUGCCAUGUGAACAUGCAAUUGCUGCAAUUGAGAGUAUACAUCAAAAGAAAUCGGCCUUUUGCUCAGCCUAUUUUUCAAGGGACUUUUGGUUGAAAACGUAUGAAGGGCAAGUAAAUUUUGUAGGUGAUGCAACAACAUGGGUUAUACCAGACACUAUUAAAUCAGAAAUCACUAAGCCUCCAGAUGCCAAAGUACUGCUAGGAAGAAGACAGAAGAAUCGACAUGUUUCCGGUACAGAAUUCAAGAAGGAACCAAGAUGUAGUCGUUGCAAAAAAUAUGGGCAUACCAGAACAAAUUGCACAAAUUCUUCUGUAGUUCAUCCUUAUGCAAGAAAAUAUAGGAAAAAAAAUGAUUGA